AUGCAAUUACAUUAUUCAUUACAUCGACGACCAGAAUUACCACAAAUUCCUAAAUUUCCUACUGGGAUAAUAAGAUGGUUCAGAUCAACAUAUCAUAGAAUGAAUCGUCAUCAAGGCAGAACCCAGACAGCAGCUCUUGAAAGACGUAAAGAAUUGGAAAAUUAUCUUGUUGUGUUAAUUAAAUCAUUGAAUAUGCAUGUCUCAUAUGAGUUGAAUGAAUUCCUUGAACUCAGUGCCAUAUCUAUCACAAGAGAUAUGGGCUGGAAGGGUAAAGAAGGUUAUUUGUCCAAUAAAGUUGAAAAAUUUCAUAGACACCUUUGUUCUUUUAAAAAUUCUAAUGAUAGAUGGGAAUGGGAAUGGGUAAUAGUUCGUGAUUCCUCUACAACACCAGCAGAUGUUUUUUUAUUAGAUCCACAUUUCAAAUAUGAAAAAUCUACCAAUCGCCCUUUGCAAUUUCAUGAACAUGUCAACAUUGAAAAUAGUUCUCGAAAAAUUCAACUUAAAGGUGACUCUCGUACAUUGAAAGAAUUCACUGAUAGUAUCAAUUUGGUCAAAAGGUCUUCUCCUUGGGUAAACCAACAUCGUUUUGGUUCUUAUGCUCCUAUAAGAGAAAAUGCCAAAGUAAAAUUUUAUAUUGAUGGUAAAGAUUAUUUUUAUGCUGUUUCACAAGCUAUAACGGCAGCAACGUCAGAAAUUUAUAUUGAAGAUUGGUGGUUAUCUCCUGAAUUGUAUCUUCGUCGUCCUCCAAAAGACAAUCAAGAGUAUCGACUUGAUCGUUUACUUCAAAAAAAAGCAGAAGAGGGUGUUAUGAUAUAUAUUGUAGUAUAUAAAGAAGUCAAAUAUGCUUUGA